UCUCAAUGGAAAACCACGUCACAUUACUCCUUCUCUUCCUCUUCAUCACCAUUCUCUUACCAGGUGCUGCUCCUUCAUCUUGUCCAAUCAACUUCACCUACGUUCAAACCUUCCCCUGGAACACUUCAACUUGCACAAACAAAACCAACACACAACCCUGUUGCUCAACCCUCAAAACCAUCUUCCACAUAGGCCUCUCCCAACAUCUCAAACAAACAUCUUUUUUUCAACUUCCCAAUGAAAACACUUCCUCCGUUUGCUUACAAGAUUUCCAAGAAAAGCUCACAACCUUGUCAAUUCACCCAUCUCUGGUCUCUUCUUGUUUCCCUGACCCCUCUCAGUUCGUCACAAACUCUUCCACUUGUGCAGGUGUUGUGACUUCUCGAGAUUGGGAACUGAAGGUGAACUUGGUUAGACUUAGCCCGGUGCAAACUUUCUGCAAAGACCUUCAUGACCAAACUAGCUGCCACAAUUGCAUAGCAGCAAGCUUGAAAGUGGCUCUUCAACUUACUAGUGAUAACCCAAAUGCUACAGAGAGGGAUUGUUUCUCCUUCGCAUCGCUGUAUGCUGCAGCGGUGGUUAAUCCAGAAGGCACAAAUGAUGUCACCACGAUCGGUUGCAUAUUGGGCGUGCAACUUUCUAGCGAAGUGAUGGCAAAAGGGUCAUCGAAUAAGAGAGGAAAAGUUCUGAAGGUGGUUUUUACGUUAUUGGGUGCUGCUGUUGGGGUUAUUAUUGUUUUUGUGGUGGUGGUGGUUAUGUACAGGAAGUGGGAGAGGAGAAGGAAGGAAAAUGUUUAUCACAGGGAAAUCGAAAACGGUGUGAGGAACAGUGUUUUGACGAACACUGGUGCGAAAUGGUUUCACAUAUCGGAGCUUGAGCGUGCCACUAACAGAUUUUCGAGGAGGAAUAAGGUUGGUCAAGGUGGUGAUGGGGUUGUGUACAAAGGGAAACUUGCGGAUGGCACUUUGAUUGGUGUUAAGGAGAGUUUGAAUUUGCAAAGUAAAGGGGAUGAAGAGUUCUGCUAUGAGGUGGAUAUCAUAAGCAAAAUAAAGCACAGGAAUCUUCUUGCUCUUCGUGGUUGUUGCAUUUCAAGUGAUAGUUUCAAAGGUAAGAGGAGGUUUCUGGUUUAUGAUUUCAUGCCAAAUGGAAACCUGAGUUACCAACUUUCAGUUGGUGGAUUAACAUGGCCACAAAGGAAGAACGUGAUCCUUGAUGUGGCUAAGGGGCUUGCUUAUUUGCACUAUGAAAUCAAACCACCGGUUUAUCAUCGUGACAUAAAGCCUACAAACAUACUUUUGGACUCCAAAAUGAAUGCUAAAUUGGCAGAUUUUGGGUUGGCCAUGCAAGGUAGUGAGGACCAGAGUCCUCUCGCCACAAGGGUUGCUGGCACAUAUGGUUAUGUGGCACCUGAGUAUGCUUUAUAUGGGAAACUCACUGAGAAGAGUGAUGUGUAUAGUUUUGGUAUUGUGAUUCUGGAAAUCAUGAGUGGAAGAAAAGUGCUUGAUACUUUGAAUUCAUCUGCUGAUGCAAUCACGGAUUGGGUGUGGACACUAGCAGAAUCGGGAAAGAUGAGGGAAAUUUUUGAUGAGUCAAUAAGAGAAGGGCCAGGGAAAGUUAUGGAAAGGUAUGUUCAUGUGGGAAUGCUUUGUGCUCAUGCAAUGGCUGCUUUGAGACCUACCAUUGCUGAGGCUCUUAAGAUGUUAGAGGGUGACACUGAUGUUCCUGAAUUACCAGAUAGGCCUGUGCCUUUGGGUCAUGCGUCCUUUCAAUCUUCUCUGUUGCAUGGUUUGCAAGGAAGUGGAAGAUCUAUGCAACAUGUUUCAUCCUAUUCAUAACAUUUGGUUGAUACUCAUAACAUUUCUUAGGCGUAGGAUUAACCCUUAGUGAGAGUUUUUUUUUUUUUUUU